CUUUAUUUUUCCGACAGUCAGACCGAAGUGCCCCAGUAGACACUAGUCAGUAACUUAUUUUUAACACUUGGCUGGAUGUGUAGUAUUCUCAAUUUUGAGAAGUCACUAGUCAGUACUGUAGUAACUAAAACACUAGGCCAUUCGGCAAUUAUUAUUAUUUAGAAGAUGGUUAACUCACCAUCAAAAAACAGUGCAACUCCUUGCACUGGGCAAAGAUUGAAAAAUGCAAAUACUACAUAUACUGCUAACAGACGUUUUGUCGAAAAUACAAUUUUACAAUUGUGUGAAUUAAAAUUGAAUAUUAAGCGUAUUGAUGAAUCUAAUUAUGUAUCAACACUCUCUCCUCGUUUAUCAAAAACAACAAAUGAAAAAAUUCAAAACGAUGAAUUGCAGAAGUUCUCAAGUCUUCCAGCUACACCAAAAGAGAAUUCAAGAAGAACACUACGUUGGAGUGAGCGGCGUGAUAAUGCUGUUCAAAAUUUAGUUGAAGAGGCUAUGAAUUAUAGUGACUCUGAUACUGACUUGAUUGACUCUGAAGAUGAAAUAUUGAACAAACCAAAAACACGGUCACGGAGGUGUUCUGAAUCAUAUUCUAUAAAAUCAGAUUACAUUGCUAAUACAUCAGCAUCUAAACGUUUAAGAAAACCUGUUGAUCGAUUUGGCGAUAUAGUGGAUAUAAAUAAAACCAAAUUGCUGGAUUCUCCUCCUGAAAGAAAAUGGACAAGACAAUUAGCUGAUGAAAACAUGAACACCCCCAAAAGUAAUAAAAAAGGUAGAAAAAUAUCAAUAAUUGAUGAAGAUGAAAAUGUAAAUUUUGACAUUGAUGUUUCAAAAACUCCAAUAAAAACACGUUCACGGAGAGUUUCUGAAUCAUCUAUGAAAUCAAAUGACAUUGCUAAUACAUCAGCAUCUAAACGUCUUAGAAAACCUGUAGAUCGAUUUGGCGAUGCAGUAAAUGAAACUAAAAUGCUGGAUUCUCCUGAAAGAAAACUUACAAGACAAUCAGUAGAUGAAAUCUUAAAUACUCCUAAAAGUAAUAAAAAAGGUAGAAAAAUGUCAAGAGUUGACGAAGAUGAAAAUUUAAAUUUUGACAUGGAUAGUGUUUGGAAGACUCCAACAAAUAAACAUUUAAGACAAUCUGUCUCUUCUCGCUCUGGCUCAAAAGUACGUCAAAGUAUCCUACGAGAUAUACCAGAAAAUAAAGAAAUUGAGAUUUCUACACCAAAGACACCAAGAAAAACUCCCAAAACACACGUUAAAAACUUGACAGCUUCAGCUAGUAAAAGAUUGGAUAGUGGAGCAAAGAUUCCAUGUAGUCCUUUGGAAAAAGCAAGAGCAAAUUUACAUUUACAUGCUGCUCCUAAACAUUUACCGUGCCGUGAAGUUGAAUAUAAAUCUAUACAUUCUUUUUUAGUUAGAAAAAUUAAUGAUGAGUUAACAGGGAGUAUGUAUAUUAGUGGUGUUCCUGGUACUGGGAAGACUGCCACUGUUAAGAGAGUAAUAAAUUCACUAAAUGCUGAUUUAUUAAUGAAACACAGUUUUAAAUUUGUUGAAUUAAAUGGCUUAAGGCUUGCUAAUCCACAUCAAGCAUUUUCAGUCAUAUGGAAAGAGUUAACCAAUGAAACAGUAUCAUCUUCUAGAGCUCAAACACUUCUUAAUGACCAUUUUUCUAGCAAAAAAGUUAAAGAGUUAUCGACAGUUUUAUUGGUUGACGAAGUGGACCAUAUUUGUAAUCGUAAACAAGAUGUUGUGUAUAAUAUACUUGAUUGGCCUAGUCAAACUGGUUCAAAAGUGAUUGUAAUAACAAUUGCUAAUACUAUGGAUUUGCCUGAACGAGUAUUACGAGGAUGCGUAACUAGUAGAAUGGGAUUGACCAGACUAGUUUUCAAGCCAUACACAUUUCAGCAGUUACAAGAGAUAAUCAUGAAUAGAUUGAUUGGUAAUUCUUCAUUUGAUCCAGACGCUGUUCAAUUGGUAGCAAGAAAAGUAGCAGCAAUAUCAGGUGAUGCAAGACGAGCUCUAGACAUAUGUCGUCGCGCCAUUGAUUUAGUCAAGUCUGAAGAUGUGUCACAAUUGAUAACCAUUAACCAUGUUAAUCAGGUGUUAAAUGCAAUACUUUCUGGUGUCCGUGUAACAGCUAUCAGGUGCUGUUGUCUAUUUGAACAAUUUUUUCUCAGAGCACUUAGAGAUGUUACUACUAGUACAGGUAUUGAGCAUAGUACUAUUGAUUCAGUUUAUACUCAGUUGAAAAGCAUUUGCUUGCUUGAAGGCGAAGAGUUGCCAAAUGAGCAACAAGUGCUUAUGAUGACAUACCGAUUAAGGGAUAGCGGGCUUAUAUUUUUGGAAAAGAAGCGAUGGGAUAUAUUCCGUAAAGUAACACUUAACGUCAGUCCUGAAGACAUAAGUUACGCAUUAGAUAAAUAUAAUGAUUAGGCAAAUUUAUAUUACUAAACAUGUUUAUAUCCAGAGGUUAUUUUUUCUUAUUGUGACUUAUAUACAUGGUAUACUCAUUUUAAUUUUUUUUAUUUAUUCAAAUAUUUUGUUCAUUUUUAUUUAAGUUACCUAUAAUGAGUUUUUUUAAUGUUUAAACAAUCUGUUUGUACUUUUUGUAACGACACUAUUUUUUUAUGUGAAUUAUUUUAGAAGUGACUAUACUUUUGUAAAGAUUUUUCACUUUUUAUUCCAAGUGUAUUGUAGUCUCUUUUAAAUAAUUACCAAUUUUGUAAAAUAAGUAUUAUAUAUAUUAAAUUACCUAGUCAGGAACUGGAACCAAAAGAAAUAGUUUUGAAACCGUAAUCUUUAAAAUACACCAGAAAUUAAAGUGUGUAAUGACAUGGCUCUAGCGCCUGCGUUCUCUCUUAAACUGUACACAUUGCUACUGGAACUCAAGUUGAAAAAUAUCGAGGUUAAUAUGUGUUCUCUUCUCAACCGUACACACUGCCACUGUGACCAACUCAAAGAUUUCUGUUUGGUACCAGACUGAAACCGAAAAAAUCAUCAAGUUUCCAGUUGCUAAUGUAGAACCUACCUAUCAUAAAUAAAAUGAAAUUUUUUUUAAAAUAGUGAAAUACCUACAAUUGUCAACAAAAUCAUCUACAAGUAAUGUUAGACUAUCACCUUUUUUUUUUUUCCAUUAAUUAAAAAUUAAAAUGUAUCAAUAUAUUACAUGUUACAACAAGUUAGUUAUUAAAUAACGAUAACAAUGACAAUUUAAUUUAAGACUAUCUCUUGACUGUAUGACUAUUAUAGUGUAAUUGAAUAAAAUACUAAAUAUAAUUCAUUAUAAUGUUA